GGGUGGGGGGAUGGUGGAGAUAAAUCAAUGGGCAAUCCUGCGGACUCUCAGCUGCUAUAUAAGAUAAAGCGUGACUACACCAGCCGCUGCAUUGUGGUUGUAUAUCUUUCCCGCUCUCUUUCGCGAAUAUGAAAUCUCGCCACGAAGUAUUCCCCUCCAUUCUCGAUAAUGACUUGUACAAAUUCACCAUGCAGCAUGCUGUGCUGCAGCACUACAAGGAUGCAAAAGCUGUCUACCAAUUUACCAAUCGAGACAAGGAUCUGCAGUUGAAUGCUGAAGCUGUUGCGUGGCUUGAUAAACAGAUCAAGGAUAUGGCCAACCUCGAAUUGACGCCCGAGGAACGUGAAUACAUUGCCUCGUUUGAUUUCUUUGACGAAAGCUAUGCCAAUUACCUUGCCAAGUUCCGUUACAGACCCGAAGAACAAGUUCAGUACAAGUUUGAUCCCGAAACGCGCGACUUUGAGCUUGAAAUAACGGGUCUUUGGCACGAAACCAUCCUGUACGAGGUGCCGUUACUGGCAUUGAUUUCCGAAGCUUACUUUAAGUUUGUCGAUCGCGAUUGGAAUUAUGACGGACAGUAUGAAAAGGCACUCGACAAGGGCGUCAAGCUAUUGGAAAAUGGCUGCAAAUUCUCGGAAUUUGGAACCCGGCGAAGACGGGAUUACAAGACCCAAGAUAUUGUGGUACAUGCUUUGGACGAGGCUGCAGAAAAAUGCAAAGAUGCCAAGGGCGUGUUCAGUGGCUCUAGCAAUGUCUAUUUGGCCAAGAAGUAUGGUACGCCUGCCAUUGGUACCGUAGCCCACGAGUUCUUUAUGGCCAUCUCUGCUUUGGAAGGCGUAGAGCACGCUAACGGUAUCGCUUUGCAACGCUGGUAUGACACAUACAAGGGGGCACUUGGUAUCGCAUUGACAGAUACGUUCACGACAGAUGUCUUUUUGCGCGAUUUCAACCACGACUUGGCUACAAAGUACGCAGCUGUGCGACAAGACUCUGGUGAUCCUGUUGAAUUCCUCCAGCGAAUGGUGGACCACUACAAGUCGGUUGACGUCGAUCCAAAGAAUAAGUUCAUUGUCUUUUCAGACGCACUCGAUGUACCCAAAGCAAUCAAGCUGCAAAAGGCUGCACAUGAAGCAGGCAUCGGUGCUAGCUUUGGUAUCGGUACCUCUCUUACAAACGACUUUACCAAGGUGUCGAACCCUGAGCAAAAGAGCACCCCGAUGAACAUGGUGAUCAAGAUGAAAUACUGCAAUGGACAACGUGUGAUCAAGCUUAGCGAUGAUGUGCUCAAGCACAGCGCUAGCGAUGAUUUGGUUGAUGAAUUGAAGAAAAAAUUGGGUAUUUAAAAGCAUCACACUAUAUAAUAAGCAUAUCGUCACUCUCCUCUCCCUCUCCUCUCCCACAUCACUCCAUUAUCAGCCUACCUACAUGCACAACUUUUGCAAAUCAACUCUUUUAGUUAUACUGAUUGAAAGAAGGAAGAGUAAUCGAUAAACACAAAACAAUAAUAAUAGAUAUUUAGAAACUUGU